AUGGGGUGGAUGCUGGAGCUCCUCGAGUGGAAGGAGUGGAGGCGGAAACCGGAGCCCGAGGCUCGGGUCUGGCAGCUGCUGUCGGAUCCGAACCCGGGCAAGAUGCUGGACAGGGGGGAGGAAAGAGCAGUGAAGCUCCGACUUUGUCUGGAAAUGGAGAUGAUCAAGAUGGGGGACGUGUGGAGACCCCUGCUGCAGGAGUUGUCGUACAGGGAUCAGAGACUCGCGCCGACAUUGCAGGCCAAGCCGGCACAAGCGGAGGUGGAUCAGCUGUUCGUGACUCUGAGUUGCGGGGUGGAGCGUCUUUCUAUGAUGGUAGUGGAGAAGGUUUCGCUGGAGACUACCACACGCCACGAUCAACAAGGUCAUUUGGACCAGGCGGGUCACCUCCCAGGUUGGGUGACCCGCCUUGGAGAGUUCUUCAAGGCACCAGCGGUUCAGUGGCUACCGAGCCCCAUACCGUCGCCUCCCAGGCCUCGCUUGUUGAACAUGAACGUUGAUGAGCAUGCUGGUGGUACUUCUGGACUGCCAAGGCCAAGUGCUGGACCAUGUGGAAGAGAAGGAGCAAUACAAGCAGAGGUGCAGAGACAGCUCGGAGGACUACUGGAUAAGUUGCAGAUCAUGGAGGGAGAGAACAUUCGGUUGAAUGAACAGCUUGCGCAGGCCCACCGGCAACUUCAGGCACAACCACCUCGUGAAGCUGUAACAGUACCUGAGAGUGUGCAGGAGCCUCGAGUAGAUCCCUCCUCUCAACAAGGACGCGUUUUCGAACCUCCAGGCGAGCCUUCUCGUGGGCAUGAAGGGCGUCCAGAUCCGUGGCGCGAUCCGCUUGGAGCCCUGUGGGAAGAAUUUCAAUCCCGCAGAGUAGCCCCUCCACAAGAAGGACGACAUGCACAACCACCUCAAGUAGAAGCCCCAAGUGCAGAUCCCGCGAGAGAAAGUGCAGUAGAGGACCCUACGACUAUGGCAAUCUUGGACGCCCUAACGAAGAACUUGACCAGCCUCCAGGAAUUGCAAGCCAAGUCACUACAGAGGGAUGAUUCGCCUGAGCAGGUCAAGUCCAACGUCACCAACCUCCCGAUGCUACCGGGGCCGGAGGGCACGAACGCUGGCAUCGUGUUCCAGGACUGGCUGGCGCAGGUAGCAGUGCCGAUGCAAGACCUUUCUGCUGCUUCGGGUACUUGGUGGGCUGGUGUUCUAGGUCUUGUUCGUGAAGCCUAUUCCAAAUGGCUAGCAGCUACACCUCUUGAGCGACUUCAGCUUGAGCCUACUGGACACGAAGCAUGGACGUCCGCUAGGUGGACCAGGAUCAACUCGCGGGCGUGUUCGCUGAUCCUUCAGAGCCUUGUGGAAGCAAUCAGAUUGGAUCUGAUUGCAAGAAGAGCGGUCCAAAGUGCACCCCUCAUGCUUUUCAGGUUGCACACGUGCUACCAACCUGGAGGUGCCAAUGAGCGCUCUGCGGUGCUCGGAAACCUUCAGAGCCCGACGCAGCCCACCACAGUGGACGACGCCUUGACAUGGUUGCGGUCUUGGCCAAGAUGGGUGCAGAGAUGCAAGGAUUUGAAUAUGAUGGUUCCAGACGGGACGAUCCUUGCGAAGGCCCUUACAACCGUGACGGCAAAGUUUGUUGCGGAGAACCAGGACACCCACUUCCGCACCCAAUUGUUGAGGUCGAGCUUAAGGAUAGACGGGCAGCCGGGACUCAUGGACGUUGUGAAGUACCACCAGCACCUGCAGGCGGAAGUUGAAUCGAUGAUUGCUGCGAGGGCUGCUUUACCCGUUCAGACACCUGCAAUCAAGGCCAUGACUACCUCGCCUUCCAGUCCUUCAGCUUCUUCGGCAAGUCCAUCAAAGCCCCCGUGUAAAUACUUCUUGAAGCAAGGAGGAUGCCGACGGGGCCAGCGAUGUCCAUAUACACACGAUCUCAACAGUGUGAGCAAGGCCGAACGAGCGCGCAAAUGUCUAGUAUGUGGGAGUGAAGAGCACCGGCAAAAGGACUGCCCCACCAAGACACCCAAGCAAGGCGGGAGACCAAGCGCUGGAGCUGGGUUUCCGGCUCAUGGUUCAGCCUCGCCUUCGAGUACCUCCCCAGCGAAUGUUCCGAAGAUCACCAGCGUUGAGCCUGAAGGGGAAAAAUCGCCGAGUGUUUCAGCCCAUGUGGUCGCGGGAGAACCUGUCUGGACCUUGGAGACUCUUCUGCAGGCAGCGGCGAAAGUGGCAGGGGCGCAGCCGCCCAAUCCCAAAGCACCUUCAAUGAAUGUAUUGGCGCUGAAGAGGACGGAGGCGGCUUCAGAUGAGUUGGCCAUGUUUGCUUUGGUUGAUUCUGGAGCCACGCAUGCUUUGAGGAGGGCCUCGUCCCAGGAGGAGUGGGAAGAGUCUGAUCCGGUGACUGUGAACCUGGCGGGUGGUGAAUCCAUUAGCCUUCGCAUGAAUGCGGCCGGCACUAUCCUGGUGCCCAUCAAUUCGAUGACAGCGGCAUCCUCAACUCUGCCAAUCGUGCCCUUGGGUGCCCUGGUAAGUCAGCUGGGAUAUACGAUGACUUGGGGAAAAACCAAGUGCAAGUUGGAAGGCAAGAAUGGGGAAGUCAUUGUUCUUCGCGUUCGUGACGGGUGUCCCGAAGUUACGGAGCAGGAAGCCUUGAAGCUGAUCUCCCAGUUGGAAGAUGCAAGACUGGAAGAGCUACGGGAGAACACGAAAGAUACCCGGACCAAGGUGAAGGCAGCUGCCCUUGCGAUGGAGCGAACAUGGUUCGACUAUUUGCUCUCCUACAUUGAUGGAGGGUUGUCGUCCCAGGCGUUGAAGGCGGUGGAGAGCGCGCCCUUCCUUCAAGAAGUUCCGCGUGAAUGCAAGGCUGGUCUGGUGGAUGCAGUGCCGGAGGCCAAUGGGUGGCAAGCCUUGAAAGGGUUGGAGCACCUGAACAGGAAAACUCGAAAGCGGUUAUGGGCUUCGGACAAGUGGCUUGUUCAUCUGUACGCAGGAAAGGCAGAUCGACGAGAGUUUCGGCACUUGGAGGGCCACGGGUACACGAUUCUGGAGCUGGACAUUGAGAGGGGCAUAACUCAUGAUGUUUUGAGGGCGAGUACCUGGAGAGCGUUGGAGUGGGGAGCCAGGAUGGGAAAGAUCGGGGCGAUUGUUGGAGGACCGCCUCAGAGUACCUUCAUGAUUUCGCGCCACGUCGUGGGUGGCCCGGAACCGGUCCGCUCCAAUGAGUUUCUGUUUGGAAAUUGGCCAGGACAAUCCGACAGUGACCUCUUCAAGGUGAACCGGGAGACGCAGCUCAUCACGAGAAUGAUCUACCUUCAUGCCCUCGCGACGGCAGGAAGGCUGCGAGCUCCGCACGACCCCACCGUGAGCAAGGAGGUUGCUUUUCUUCUUGAGCACCCUCGGGAUCCGCGUGGAUAUUUGAAGUUUCAGGAUCCGUUGUACCCGGAUGUUGUGAGCUUGUGGAGGACUUCGUUGUGGUCAGAGUACGCAAUGGAAGCGGGGCUACAAGCCUACAGCUUCGACAUGGCGGCUUUGGGGAAAGCGUUCACUAGGCAUACUACAGAGUUCUACGAGCACCUGGUCAUUGUGCUCCGGGACUGGGGAAAGAUUCCGAGAAUGUUGAAAAUGAGCGCAGAGCAGUGGCGAGACCAUGUACGACGAGGGCAUCUUCCGUUUCGCGCCGACUGCACAGUCUGCGUCCAAGCCGGGGGCACAGGGCGCCGGCAUUCCAGGGUCGAACACCCGUCGGCGUUUGUGCUUUCAGCCGACCUGUCAGGUGCAGUCAAGGUCGGCGGUGUGGACCCUGAUGGCAGAGGAGCUUUUCCGCGGCAGUUCAAGUACAUCUUUGCCGCGAAGCUACGAGUUCCUAAGUCCUUCGUGGAAGACGGCCGGGGCGUGUGGCUCGAUUACGACCCUGGCGAGAUGAGCAAGGAAGACUACGAGGAAAAGGACGACGGGCUGGCCCCAGCAAGUGGAGGAGAAAGGGACCCAGGAGGAGAAGAUCCGCGUGAAAAAGAAGGUGAGGAUAUAGAGCCAGAGCUUAAAGAGGUGCCUAGGCGAGAUCCCGAGGAGGACAGUGACCUGGGUGGCCCGGAGCUGGUGAACCUCAUCUUUGCGUGUGGGUUGAAAGAUGAUAAAGCCCCUACGGUUCUUGAAGCGGUCCAGGAUGUGAUCCUCUACUGCAGGGCGCUGAAUAUACCAGUGCUGCGUUUCCAUGCCGAUCGGGGCAUGGAAUUCAGGGCCAGGGCAACUCGCCAAUGGCUAAAGGGCGAGGGGAUUCGAGUGACUACGUCAGAAGCAGGUGUCCACCAGACGAAUGGCGCAGCAGAGUCAACGAUUCGAUGGCUGAAGCAGAGGGCGAGAGCGCUACUACUAUCAGCAGGACUCCCUCAACGUUUGUGGCCUUCCGCAAUCAGCGUGGCAGCCUCUAUGCAGCGAGGAGAUGUUCUCGGCUUUGAACCAAAGCUCGCUGCCCCGUAUGGCUCUAAAGUGUUGGUUCGCAAGCGUCAUUUGGAUGGACCAAAGCUUGAUGACCUUGCGCCAAGGUGGCUGUCUGGAGUCUAUGUGGGUUUGUCCGACAGUCUCAGCAAAGGCCACUUGGUGUAUGUUAGUGAUGGAGAAGGAGAACGCUUUGUUCACACUUUACAUGUUCGAGCGGGCUUACAUGAUCCAGGGCCACCUGAAGAAGAAGUUCAAGCAGAUCUACCUGGACCCCCCGAACGGCGAGUGCGUGGAAAGGCGUCUGGGUCUGGUGAUGUGGUUGCAGUGUCCAAGGCUCAGGUGUUCGAUGAGGGCGAGUUCCAGCAAAGGGCGGAGGUGCUGUUGCAGAGCUGGAACCUGGAAGCAGCAGAGUGCUUGGUCCGGGAUGUUGCGCGACUACUACCAGAAGAUGAGCGUGUGUAUGGGAUGUUUCGCCAUGGUGGACGAAUUGGAGUCACGAAGUCCACUGUGGAGCGACCCUGGUUCGCCAUGCUGCUGAACAAGGUGAUGCAAGAUAGAGCGUCGGAUGCGGAAUAUGCGGCGAUCUUUGUGUCCAUGAAUAAUGAGCGCGAAGUACACAUUGACCGCAACAAUGCUCUCGGCGCCAUGAAUCAUUUGCUCCCAAUCAGUAUGCCGAGGCGAGGGGGUGAACUUUGGAUGGAGUUGAGAGAUGGAGAUGUGGUCUCUGGAAAGGUUAUUGAGUUGCUGUCCGGAGAAGGCCGUGCACGAUAUGGUUGCGCAUUUCCACUUCAAGAAGGGCGAGUAUUCUCGUUCGACCCCCACCGACGUCAUGCAGUACUACCAUGGAAAGGGGAGCGAAUCGUGAUCGUCGGGUACACCCCGGCACUCCUGGCUUCAGUACCGAGACUGGACCGAGAGAUGUUGUGGGCGUUGGAUUUCCCGUUGCCGCUUGAGGAUGAUGAGGCCCCGGCUGAGGUUUACAUCAAUGCAUUGUCGGUGUCUUCGGUGAGACCUGUAGCUAAAGGGAUUGAAGCUGAAGCCGAAACGAUACCUACCUCUGAUGGCGAGUACCUGUUCAAGUGUGAUUGGUCCAUUGCCAAAAGGGAACUUCAGGCUUCUGAGUCCUCUACGUCGUCGCAAGCUUGCAAUGUGAGUGAAAGUGACCCGAUUCCCGGUGAAGAUUGGGAGGAUUGGGAAAUGCAUCUGGUGCUGGACAAUGAAUCUACAGCUACAGCAACGCUAUCUUCCAGUGAUGAUGUUCGGCCCUCCAUCAAGAAAGCAGAGGUCACCUACACCGAUGGCAUUGAGGAGAUCUUGGAUGCUUUGAGUUCUCCGGUGUCAGUGGUUUAUACCGUGAAUCCGAAGGAGGUAGCGGCUGUGUUUGAGAAGUGGAUCCCGGCGUUGCAGAAGGAGGUGAACACGUUAGACCACGCUGUUGAUAAAGUUAUGGGAGACGAUCCUCAAGUUCGGGAAGACCUAAGCUCCGGAAGGGGACAGUUGAUCCCGAUGAAGGUGGUUUAUACCAUCAAGCCCCCAGAUCCUCCGGCCGAGGAGGAGCAGCCCACGGAGUUCUUCAAGCGCAAAUCGCGCAUUGUGAUCUGUGGGAAUAUGGCUUCGCAUUGCCCAUCGGAGGUGUUUGCUAGCACCGCUCCGGCAGAAGUGGUUCGGGCCGCCAUCGCUCUGGCAAGGUUCUUUAAUUGGAAUCUCGGGGCCAUCGACAUCGUUGCUGCGUUUUUGCAGACUCCCCUGCGGGCAGUGAAGGGCGCACCCUUGGUGUAUGGGGUUCCUCCAAAAAUCCUUGUGAGAGCGGGAUUGGUUCGACCAGGCGAGUUGUGGAAGUUAACGCAUGCAGUCUACGGCCUACAAGAAAGUCCGAAGCUAUGGGGAGCCUACAGGGACGAUUUGCUGGCCCAAAUCCAGUUGGUGUUUGACGGCAAGCGUGUGACGCUUAUGCAGGGCCGAGUUGAACCUUCGUGGUGGUCUGUGCUACAGGAUGGCUCGGUUCUGAUCGGGAUCCUCGUUGUCUAUGUUGACGACCUGCUCCUGUGCGGGCGAACAGAGCUGAUCAAAGAGCUAGCAGCAGCAAUAAAGGCUGUUUGGAAAACCAGCCCUCUUCAGUUGGCGACUGAGGGUGAGAUCCGUUUUUUGGGAAUCGAGAUCUCCUUUACAAGCCAGGGCUUUGCGCUCACGCAACGGGCAUACAUUGAGGAGCUUCUCCGCAUCCAUGAAAUGACAUCAAGGCGGAGAGAUUUGGUGCCUGUUGCCAAGGAGGCUGCGAGUUUUGUGGCGACAGACGACGAGGGCCCUGCAAACGAGGGUGAAGUACGAGCUGCUCAACAGAUUGCUGGCGAACUACUGUGGAUUAGCCAAAGAACCCGACCAGACAUCGCAUAUGUGUGCUCGCUGAUCGGCUCACUAGCAACGCGGGCUCCGAGGCGCGCUGUUGAGAUCGGGGAGAAGACUCUGGGCUAUCUUCAACGGACCAUUGGCCGACAGUUGCUGUACGAGAGCUGUGUUCCCUACCUGACUGGGUUUGUAGACGCGUCGUUUGCACCGGAUGCCAGCAGAUCCCACACUGGUUGGAUUGUGCUCUUGGCCGGGAAUGUGAUUGCUUGGAGAUCGUCGAGACAGUCGUGCAUUAGUCUGAGCACAGCGGAAGCAGAGCUUGAGGCAGCAGUGGAAGGGUUGGUGGCUUUGCAAGGGAUUCAGGCCUUGCUGCACGAUAUCGGAGUUGUUUCCUUGCAGCUCCAGAUGCACUCCGACAGCACUUCGGCUUUGGCAAUCGCGAAAGGAUCAUGUAGCUGGAGGACGAGGCAUUUGCGCCUAAAGAGUUCUUGGGUGAGCGAGCUGAUUGCCAAGGGGAUUGUGGAGUUUAACCAUUGCAGUGGGGAAGUUCAACCAGCUGAUCUCCUGACGAAACCACUUUCUUCAGCGCGAAUGAGAGCGCUAUGUGGCCUCAUUGGCUUGAUUGAGAAUCAAGAGCUACAAGCAGGUGAUGGUCAGCGAGAACUUCCAGGUGAUGGUAGCAGAAGCAGUCAGGUUUUAGUCGCAUUGCUGGUGCUGGCGCAAGCAGUUUCUGGUGAGCGUGUAACUGAGGAACAAGGAGUGGUUGUCUAUGGGAGUGGCGUGUCAGUUGACUAUGGCUUGCUUACUUGGGUGCUCUUGUGGCUGCUGGUGCUACUGGGUGUUGUGUCGUGGGAAGCUCUGAAGUGGAUUGCGUGGACUGUCUACGAUAGGGCUAUUCAGAGGGAGGUUGCUGUAAGGCUCGAAACAAGGCCAGAAAGGCGUGCUCAGGAUGCCCGCCGCACACCUGCUGAGCAACAAGCGCGGAGUCUUAUCGACCGACCUCAGCCUCCACGAGCUGAGCCGAAGAGUGCUCCGGAUCCGAAUGCCGAAGAGAGGAUGCGGCUACUACGACGGCUGGCGCAAGGGACCAAAGAGCAGGUUGAUGCAUCUGUUCAAACGGCAGCGUUUUCGCCAGUGCAAGCUCCCGGUACCAGAGUGAUACUACGCUACGUACAUGAACCUCCAGAAGAAGUGUUUGUGGUGCCGGACAAUGAGUGCUUCCACGUCUACGGCAAACUUCUCAUCAUGGGCGACAACGCUCAGGAUGGGAUUCACCAUCACGGCAAGACGUUGCCCUAA